UUCAAAUAUGGCCACUGUGCACCGUCGUCAUCAGCUUCCAUAUUGAUUUUGGUUGAGUUAGGAAAUAAUGAAGAACAUACCAGGGUCAUUUACCUUAACGUAACGUUUCAAAAUGCCUAGGAGAAGAAAUCAAAGUCCAGAUGCCCCAUCAUCAGGGAAAGAUUCGACAGAGAAAGUACCGAAAGAUAACGACGUUCAGCUGAGAUGGCGAGAGAACACGCUUUUCGAACUGCAGAAUAUGUUUUCCGGUUCAAUAGAUCCUGGAGUUGUUCAGCUGGUACUUUCAGAGAGUGAUUAUAAUGUAAAUGAUGCUGUGGAGAAGCUUUUUGUCCUAAGUGGAAUAGAGCAAGGACAGACAGAAAGCCAAGCUAUUCCAGACAGUCGCCCUUCUAAAUCAUCAUUGGAAAAUCAGAAACCUAAUUAUCAACAUGGUAUAUCAAAUGCUGGUCGGGAAGCCCAUAAAGUUGACUCCCAGUUUAAAGGAAUUCAGGCUGGAGCUUCUUCUGACAAUUCCAGUUCGUCAGUUAUUAAAAGCAGUUUUACACAGACAUCAAAAGGAAAAAUAGCACUUUUAUCACAAUAUAGCACAAGUGAUAGUCAUCAUCAAGGAGAAGUUCCAAGGUCUUUGCCACAUUAUAAGCCAACAUCAGGUGUGUCAUAUGGUGCAGAUAGAACAGUGUCACCUGAAGGAGUGUUGCUUCAUGUAGGCACUGACAAUACAAGCUCUGUUACAUCAUCAGGCUUACCAGAUUUUCCUGAUUAUGUUGCCCUGCAAUUUAACACUUUAACAAACCAGGCAAAUACUCCCUAUGCUGAGCUGUUGUCUUCUCAAAAACCUACAAUUCACCAAAGAGAUAUGCAAAGUGAAGAUUUAGAACCACCUGCUGGUCCUGACCAUUGUGAACAUAGUAAACCAAAAACUAUUAACCUACCUAUCCAUGAUCAGGAACUUAAAGGAAACUUAGAGUCAUACAACAAACAAGUAAUAUCUGGAAGCAGUAGCACAGAGCAAACAAAAAAAAUACCUCUGGGUUGCAGUGAAAAGAAACCAUUAGAUUUUGAAUUCAGCAGAAAAGAACAACAAGUUGAAAGCUCAUCUACAACAGAUAGAAGUGACAACACCAAUCCUCGAGUGUCAUGCAAUGAAGGUCAGAGGACUUCAAAUGAUCACAACUGUAACUAUAACCAUUUAAAUUUCUAUCAAAACACCUCAAAGACAUCUCUGAAGCAUAAUGAUGAUACACCUCAGUUGCAACACAGAACAAAUACUGUCCAACAACUACAACUUCAUCACAAUGAAAACAGUAAGUCAAAAGAAACAAUGUCUCAACCACCAGCCAUUCAAAGACAAAUUUACCCAUAUCUACGACCUCAAGGGUUCAGUCAAACAUCAAAUGUCUCUCAACAAAGAUUUCCCAUUAUGCCAGUAGUACCAGCUGUAUGGCAUCCAGGCCUACUGACUCAAAGAUUUCCAGGACAUGUUCCAACCCAAUACCUUCAAGGGCCACUCUCAACAAAUCCUUGCUUUUCAUUUGGAGCACCCUGCAUGGCUGCUGUAACAAGACCAGUCAGACAUGGGUUUGGUGUAAGGGGCUCGAUGUCACCACCAACUAAGCAGAAAGUGCUCAUCCUUAUGAGAGGAUUACCAGGAAGCGGAAAGACCUUCCUUGCACAAAAGCUCAAAGGGCGUGAUGGUGUUGUGCUCUCAACAGAUGACUACUUUUAUAGAAAUCAGCGAUAUAAAUUUGAUGCUAGCUCCCUUGGAGAGGCACAUGAGUGGAAUCAAUCCAGAGCUAAAACUGCUAUGGAGUCACAACAAUCCCCACUGAUCAUUGACAACACCAAUACACAGUCGUGGGAAAUGAAACCUUAUAUUUCUAUGGCAGUUAAGUAUGGCUACCACAUCAAAAUUGUUGAACCUAACACUCCAUGGAAAUGGGAUGUGAAAGAACUGGUCAGACGGAACCAACAUGGAGUGACUUAUGCGGCGAUUACAAGAAUGAAAGAACGUUAUGAACAUAACCUCUCUGUGGAAACCUUAAAGAAAUCUGAGAGACAUACUGACGCAAGGAAGACUGAGGACGAACUUGAGACUAAAAAGGUAAUUGAUAUAAAAAGCUACAGCGGUGGCCCCAGGUCACAAACUUCCUCUAUACAAACAGGUUCUGCUGACUUGAUUACGAGUCCAACGGAGGGCUGUAGAGUCUCCUCAGGUAAAAGAACUGCUUCAAAACAGGAAAAGAGCGGAAAUAUAAGCUCUCCCAAGGUCACAGAAUGCGCAAACACACCCUCGGUAGGUGAUGGGAUUCAUGGGCAUAUGGGGUUAAGCACGAGAGGGUUCGAUCGGCCUGAGGAAACUGAUUGCAAAUCAAAAACUGGAGGGAGUAAAAAAAGUGAAUGUAAUUCUAAAAUUCGUGGGAUUGAUAACGGUGAGUUUGGAGAAGGAGCACAUGCUUUGAUUUCAAGUUUUAGUCCUAAGCCACAACGAGCCCCAAGGAUGAGAAUUAAGAGGUCGCCAAAUACUCAACAGUCUGUCACCACAAAGUUGUCGUCACUUGAUUAUAAAGGUGACAAAAGCGAUAAACUCCGUGGGACCUUUACGUCACAUGAAAAUCACGAGAUAAUCCACGAGAUUGAAAAGUCUAGAGAGGGGAUUUCACCCAAAAAACUCGGUGCGGUAUCAUGUGUUGAAAAGUUAUCAGCACUCGCAUCCUUGGCUUACACUCGAACGUCUCCUCCACCUGACCAUUUAGAUGGAACUCUUGAAAAAAGCCGGCCUGGCGUAGAAACGGUGGAAGAGUCACGGUCAUCACCCUCCCCUUUCUUAGACAGUUCGUUUAUUAGUCAAACUUCUCCUGAAGAAAAUGGGCAUCAUUUUCAGUGUGUUGACGAAGAACAAGAAAACGAUGAACGCGCUUGCGAGACGUGCACAGGAGAAGCCAGUAAGGAAGUGCAUAUUACAUCAAUGGUCAAUUGUGACGAAUAUCUUGAAAGUGGUAAGUCUCUGCCCCUCAAAAAUAUCCUUGACGGUGAUGCGAUUCUCAGAGGUGAAAAUGACGCGCAAAUUGGAGAACCCUCGGAGAGCAAAUAUUUCCCUACACCACCACCCCUAUCGGAAAUUCUGGCCUCGGCCUCGAGAACGAGGUCGAAGAGUCGUCCAAAAUCUACAAGCGAGCCACUGCAGCUUGUUACAGACAACGCGAGCCCGCUGCAGGAAAAUGGUAAUCAUCUGUAUUCUGAACCAAAUCUUACAGAAAAGGCGUUGGAACAUGAGGUUUGUGAUGGAAAUCCGGAUCCAAAAGACAGAACAUUCGAUGAAGAUGUUUCAACUAGUAAACAGAGCCAGUCUAACCUACCUUACUUGCUAAAUCCACUACAGCCGAGCUCAUCUGAGAACUCACAGAAUCAGCGGCAUGCUGGGCUGGAGUUUUUGAAAACAUGUUUCCCGGAUGUGGACUGUGAUUUAAUGAAUGCAAUUUUGACCGCGAAGGGUGGUGAUCUAACGAAAGUGGUUGACGAAUUACUCAUGCGUUCUAAAGCUCCCUCGGCUGAGUUAUCGACAUUUCCAGCAGAUUCACUUUACUUUGCCUCACAGCAAGAAAUCUUUGACUCUCCGAGCCGUGUGGCGCAGAAAUCUUCGAGUCCAACCGAAGAAACAGUAAAUGCCGCUAGUGCACCUCAAACACAAAGCAAUGUUGGCGGUGAAAACAACAAACUCGCUGGUGAACUGUCCUCACAAAUGUAUUUAGCACCAAAGGUAUCAUCUCAAGCCCAGUCUCCGCGUUCAAACACAACUUUUCAGCUGACCCUUGAGCCUGCAGUUGCCUUGCACCUGAUUGAGCUGUUUGGUCCGUUUGCUGGAGUUGACUUUCAAGACAAUAUUAGUAGAGAAGAUUUAGUCAUAGCUGUAGACUGCUCGUUAGCAAGACAGCUGUACAAAAAGUGGGAGCAUACUAUUCAGACAAGAAAGGGGAUACCUGUUGCUGGUUUAGGAUGUAAACAGAGGGCGAAAGGGAAACCAACCGUUAACAACCAGUUGGAUAGAGAUCAGAUCCCCGACAUUCAGCAGUCAACUCCUCGUUUCCCCACAGAACCUCAAGCAACAGGAACCUUGAGAGAGAUAAUGGAUGAACAACUGGCUGUGGAACUCAGCAGAAAUCUGCCUAAUGUGACUGAGCAAGAUAUGGCAACGAAACUAAAGAAGCAGAAGCUUUUUGAAAUGUUCCCUGGCGUAGAUCCUGUAGCAUUGGAGGAAGUCUUUCAAGCAAAUGGGUUUGAAUUGGCUCCAUCAGUAGAAGCUGUGAAAGCGUCUUGUAAUUUGUCUGGUCAAGACGCUCCUACCACUGUUAUUGCAUCAGGGUUUAGCGGCCGGUUUGUUGAUAAAAAAGCAACAAAAGAGGAAAGGGCUGAAGACUGGAGCUGGUUAGACUUGGACGUGCCUUCUCGGCCAAACUCGGACGUAUCCUCCUUCCAGACUCUUGAGGAUCCAAGCUACCUGGAUUACCGCGCUGAAGCAUUUCAACAUUACAAUUUAAGGGAUGAGUGUUUUAAGAAAGCUGCACUGGCCUUCUCCAAGAAACAAGGGCAGCUGGCACAGUUUUAUGCCCAGCAGGGUCACUUGCACACCGAGAAAAUAAAAGAAGCCAAUGCACGUGCAGCGGCAUUAAUUCUGGAUCAAAAGAAUGAGUUGACGGACGAUAACACCAUUGAUUUACAUGGUUUGCACGUUACAGAGGCCAUUGAAGCUCUUGAAAACAUGUUGAGCGAACGGAUUGACUCUUGUAGUAGUUUGGCUAGGAAAGGUUGCAAGUUCCUCAAUGUUGUAACAGGAAGAGGAAAUCACAGUCGCGGUGGUAAAGCCCGAAUAAAACCUGCCAUCAUUGAGUAUCUCAAAAAACACAACUACAGGUUUACCGAACCACACCCUGGUCUUGUUAAAGUUUUCCUGUAGCUGCCAAGUUUUUUACCGAGCUGACACGACUGGACGUAACUAUACUUAAAAGCUUCAUGUAAGAACCUUGCAGGCGAGGGACUAAGUUCAGGUUAUCCUCUUUUAUUCGCUCGAGAAUUCUUUUCUUAGGAAUGAAAGAUAGAAGAUAGAAAAUGAAGAUGGAAUUUGUCAAUUUUAAAUAUCUGUAAUUUCAACAAUCACACAGAUACUUGGUCUAUGUGCAAUAUAUAUAAAAAAAGCAAAAUAAUGUAGUGUUCGUGUGUAAUAAAUUAUAUUUUCAUGAGUCUCUCUUAUGAAUAAAAAGUGAGCGUUCUGAUUUGUGCUAA